AUGAAUGUCUACUUCAACGAGCAGCAUACUAACUCAUUGGAGGCAAAGGCCUCAAGCAAAAAAUACGUUCCCCGUGCGGUUCUUGUUGAUCUUGAGCCCGCCGCUCUCGAUGCUGUCCGUGCCGGUCCUUUCGGUCAGCUUUUCCGCCCUGACAACGUCGUCUUCGGUCAGUCUGGUGCCGGAAACAACUGGGCCAAGGGUCACUACACUGAGGGUGCCAACUUGGUCGACCAGGUCAUCGAUGUUGUCCGUCGUGAGGCCGAAGGCUGCGACUGCCUCCAGGGCUUCCAGAUCACCCACUCCCUUGGUGGUGGUACCGGUGCCGGUAUGGGUACCCUCCUGAUCUCCAAGAUCCGUGAAGAGUUCCCAGACCGUAUGAUGGCCACUUUCUCCGUUGUCCCAUCCCCAAUGGUCUCUGACACCGUUGUCGAGCCAUACAACGCCACUCUCUCCAUCCACCAGCUCGUUGAGCACUCCGACGAGACCUUCUGUAUCGACAACGAGGCCUUGUACAACAUCUGCAUGAGAACCCUCAAGCUCACUAACCCAUCCUACGGUGAUCUCAACCACCUCGUCUCCGCCGUCAUGUCCGGUGUCAGCACCAGUCUUCGUUUCCCAGGUCAGCUCAACUCUGACCUCCGCAAGUUGGCCGUCAACAUGGUUCCAUUCCCUCGUCUCCACUUUUUCAUGGUUGGAUUUGCUCCCCUUACCAGCCGCAACGCCUACUCUUUCCGUGCCGUCUCCGUGCCGGAAUUGACCCAGCAGAUGUUCGAUCCCAAGAACAUGAUGGCCGCCACUGACUUCCGCAGCGGCCGCUACCUUACCUGCUCUGCCAUCUUCCGUGGUAAGGUCUCCAUGAAGGAGGUUGAGGACCAAAUGCGCAACAUCCAGAACAAGAACUCCGCCUACUUCGUCGAAUGGAUUCCCAACAACGUCCAGACCGCUCUUUGCUCUAUUCCUCCACGUGGUCUCCAGAUGUCCUCUACUUUCGUCGGUAACUCCACCUCCAUUCAGGAGCUCUUCAAGCGUGUCGGUGACCAAUUCACUGCUAUGUUCCGCAAGAAGGCUUUCUUGUUCUGGUACACUGGUGAGGGUAUGGACGAGAUGGAGUUCACUGAGGCCGAGAACAACAUGAAUGACUUGGUCAGCGAAUACCAGCAGUACCAGGAUGCCUCCGUCUCUGACGGUGAGGAGGAAUAG